UUGGGAAACCUGCCGGGCAUAAUCUCUGGAAAAGCGGAAAACUAGAGAGAACUGUUUGACUGUGUGCGCGCCGGAGGAGCUCUGAGGUUUAACAUUAGUUCCUAAAAAGUCGCUUUAUUGAAUGUGAUGGUUGAUUUGAGUGAGGAACUUUGGAAUUUUUAAUAAUAGAUUCAGAUAUUGCAAGAAUGGAUUAUAAUUUUACACUAAACAUUGGAAAUUUUAAUUACAUCGACGGCAUAAUUACCAAUUACAGUGAUGAACAGGAUACCUUAUUAUUGGACAGAUAUUUAAAAAAUCGGGAUAUCGAUGAACCAGCAUAUACAAUACUUAUUGUACUUUAUUGCAUUCUGAUUAUCGUUGGAGCUCUAGGAAACACUCUUGUUAUUGCUUCAGUGCUGAGAAAAGCUGCGAUGAGAACGCCCAGGAACAUGUACAUAUUCAACCUAGCAGUAGCCGAUUUCCUGCUGUGCACCUUGACAAUGCCCAUGACGCUAAUGGAAAUUCUCACCAAAUAUUUUCCACUCGGAAAUAAUCUGUUUAUUUGCAAGUUUAUCGGGAUACUUCAGGCUACGAGUAUCUACGUUUCCACGAUUUCCAUCAGCGCUAUAGCUUUGGAUAGAUACCAGGUCAUCAUGUACCCUGCCAAAGGAGGCCUUCAGCUACGCGGGACCAUUGGUAUACUUGUACUGAUCUGGUUACUAGCCAUAGGAUUGGCCCUGCCCUUGUUCAUCAUCAGACAUCUCGUGCAUCACACCAUCCCAUUGGAAGAUGAUUAUUUAGAUAUAAAUUAUUGCAUUGAAAACUGGCCUGUGAAGCACGGACGGGCUUAUUACUCCGUAUUUUCUGUGAUUUUCCAAUAUUCAAUUCCCAUCAUAAUUGUCUCGGCCUCUUACGCCAGGAUUUCCUACAAAUUGCGCAACCGUUUCACCAGCGGUUUCGUGGGAGGAGAAGAUAACCAGAACAAUCGCAGAGAAUUGAGGGGCAGGAGAUUGCACAAAACCAACGUCCUUUUGGGCUCCAUCGCCAUAAUUUUCUGCGUCAGCUGGCUGCCAUUGAAUCUCUUCAAUUUAAUAGCCGAUUUUUCCACCAGCAAAUCCUUCACCUCCCAGCCGAUGAUGAUAUGCUACGCCGUGUGCCACAUGAUGGGCAUGUCCUCGGCCUGCUCCAACCCCAUCCUGUACGGCUGCCUGAACGAGAACUUCUGGAAGGAGUUCAAGGACAUCUUGUGCAUCAAAUCCAUCGGGGGUCGCGCUGGAAUAUCGAAAAAAAAGUCCUUCAAAAGGACUUCGUUAAGAGUGCAGUAUAGAGCUCGGCCCGAUUUGGUCACGGCCGGGGAAUACCAGCUGGGUAACACGCUCAGCAGCGACUUGACCGUGCUGACGAGGACCUAGCUAUCCAGGAAUUUAAAGGGCAACGAGGAAAGGAAGCGCUGCCGUGGAAAUUAUAGCGGAGAAAAACGAAAUGUGAUUGUUAACAAUGUUAAUGGUGGUAAAGAGGUGUUUGUUUUGUAAAUAAACUCAGUAAAUAUGCUUUUGUUGACACGUUUGAUUGCUGA